CAAAUUUAUUCUUACUGUCUGCAAAUUGUUCUUCCGGGUUUGAUAACAAGUCUGUGUAUAUCCAAGAAUAACUUAUAUAUUCUAUUACUUUAACAACUUCGGAAGGAUUUAGAUCAAGGUAAUUGAUUUAGAAAAAUUAAAAAAGUUAAAACUCGUGAGGCGAUUCAGUAAAGAGUGGUGACUACAGUCUCUCUGCUAUCACCGGAUUUUGAGUCAUCAAAACAAUAUAUAUAUAUCUUAAUGCAUGAUCAAAAAGCUUGAGUGUCACAUGCGAAUAAGAUAUCUUACAUUUUUAUAAGUAACGUAUAUUCCAGAAAGAACAAAAAUGCCAUUUUCAUCUCUUUUUGGGCGGAAGAAAACCCCGCAAGAAAUGCUUCGUCAAAAUCAACGAGCUCUCAAUAAAGCUAUGAGGGAACUUGAUAGAGAACGACAACAGAUGGAAAAUCAAGAAAAAAAAACUAUAAAUGAAAUAAAAAAGAUGGCUAAAGCGGGUCAAAUGGACUCUGUAAAAAUUCUCGCAAAGGAUCUUGUUAGAACUAGAAGAUAUGUCAAAAAAUUUAUGGUUAUGAAAGCUAACAUUCAAGCCGUUUCUCUAAAAAUUCAAACUUUAAAGGCCAAUGAUUCUAUGGCCACAGCCAUGAAAGGCGUAGUAAAAGCUAUGAUGACAAUGAACAAGCAAAUGAAUCUGCCUCAAAUUCAAAAAAUUAUGAUGGAGUUUAGUAAAGAGAGUGAAAUGAUGGAAAUGAAAGAAGAGAUGAUGAGCGAUGCUAUCGACGAUGCUAUGGGAGAUGAGGACGACGAAGAAGAAACUGACGCCGUUGUUGGUCAAGUUCUCGACGAAUUAGGUUUACAAAUCGCCGAUGAAAUGAAAGAUUUGCCUUCAACAAGUGGAUCCAUAGCAGCCGGAACCAAAGCAAAACAGCCACAAGCCGCUGCUUGUGGUGCCAACGACGCCGAUGCUGAUUUGGAAGCAAGAUUAGAAAACUUAAAGAGACAGUAG